AUGUCCCGUCCGCCGUCCAACUUCUCUUGGGUUUCGAAAUCUGUAGCCGGGUUCGCAUUUCCACGGGAAAAGUAUGAGCUAGAAUAUCUAGUAGAUAACGCUGGGAUAAGCCAUAUAAUUACUUUGUGCCAUGAAGUUCCCCAGUACAUUUCGGAUUUCACGUCGGUUAAACAUUAUCACUUACCCGUCGAAGAUUUAACCUCUGCAAGCUUGCCUGUUAUUCAGAAAGCAAUUGAAAUUAUCAAACGAGCUGAAACAAAUAGUGAAAAAGUUGGAGUUCAUUGUCAACUGGGUAGAGGUCGUGCGGGAACAAUUUUAGCGUGCUAUCUUGCCUACAAAAACAAUCUUGAUGCCAAUCAAGCCAUUAUGGAAUUGCGUCGACUUAGGCCAAAAUCAAUUGACGAUGAACAGGAAGAAGCUGUGAGACGAUAUGUGAAGUCAAUCAAACAGUAA